GCUAGAGACCUCAUCAAGUCUAGGCAAUCUCCAGAAAUUCCAAAGGCUGUUGGCGCUAAGAGACAAGAACUCACUGCCAGAGACACGCACGCGGUCCAUAAGCUUAGACUGGGGAGAUGCACUUACACAACAGUUACUGUUGUCCUCGCCCAAUGACAGCGCAAUGGAUACCUUGGCGGGGUUAGCAGUCUCACCCAGCGUCCCUGCUGACCUCAGAGAAUCCGAGCAGAGAUACAGCCCUACCAUGAGGGACCCUCAUUUCGCGUCAAGUUCUAUGAGGAAGAAGAGUUCAAACGUUGACUUGGAUGGUCAAGUUCCUAGUAAACGAAAAUCGGAUAAGGAAAAACGAGGCAUGUUUGAUAGCCAAGCCUUGUUGCAUAAUGUAGAGCAGCAAGACCUAGACCUUGCCAGAUAUUA